AUGUUAUUCGUUUGCGGGUUAAGCGCUGUUCUCAUGUGGACUAUUCCGUUCACCAAACUUCUAGGAAGUCAGCUAAUGUUUGCACUUUGGGUAUGUAUGAUGUUCAGUUGCAUUGGAUCAGUAUAUACAUUGCUCCCAUAUGCUACUAAUAAAUGCUUUGGUAAAACUCACUUUGGGGUUCUCUAUGGAGGCGUACAAAUUGCGCUUACGGUAGCUGGUGUGGGUGCUGCACUUCUUACCGAAUUCAUCCUUCCACUCUCAAGUUUUGAAACAUUAUUUUGUGUGGUAGGAAUGUUCCCGGUGUUCUCUUUAAUAUUUACAAUACUGCUUUCUCGGACAAAGUACGGCCGAACGACAUUCCAAGCAAUCCGCCAGUGA